AUGACGAGCGGAGCCGGGGAAGCGCCACCACCGUUGAAGGACGGGAUUACAACGUUAUUGUCGAGAUGGAACGGCCUCCAAAUGGCAAUCCAGAACGAGUGGGGAGGUCGGGACUCCGUCCAGAAAUCCCAUCAACUAGCCUCCGAUAUCCUUUCUUGGUUCCUUCAAUCCAAAGAGACAGUAUUAUGCCUUGAAGACUUGGAGAGCAUGCUACACGAGAGCUUGUUAUUGACCUUUAACACAGAGAUUGAGGAUGGUAGCAUAGAGCAAGUAGCAGAACAGUUGAUGCUUCUGCAUGAAGAACAUAUGCAAGCCAAGGACUAA